CAACCAAUUUUGGCUUGAAUAAAUUUGUUUGAUUCCAAAAAGCAUCUAAGGAUUCUGUUUUAUUUCUUUUCUGACAAAUUGUGUCCAAAUGUUCAUUACAUUGUAGUGUUUGUUUUCCCAGAGAAUGCUUAUUUUAUAGUUAUGACCGGUGCUAUUAGGAACAUGUUUUUCUCAGAUUGUUUACUAUUUUAUUUCAGAGUACAAUUCCAAACAGAGGAAAAUUUCAUAAGAGCCUAACUAGGACUGAAUGAAAAUGGAAGCCGAAAAAUCGUCACCAUUUCUGUUCAUCAAAGAAGAGAAGGAAAAUUUGGAGGAGGAUCUUACUGAAAACACCGGUGAAGGCUCUUCAUUUGCAGACCCCUUAGCAGUCAAAGAAGAACCAGAAUUUUUAUACCAUAAUGAAUUUGAUGUGAACUGUUCCUUCCAUUCUAUUAAGUUGGAGGAGGACAGCUCUCCGAGCUGUGAUGAUGAAAGCGGAAAGAUCUGUAUUGCAGAAGAAAUUAGGCCUUUGGGUAAAAGUGAUGCAUCAUCAAAGAGAAGCAAUACAGCAAGGAAGCAAAUAACUUGUGCUGAAUGCCAAAGGACAUUUUCACAGAUGUGCAGGCUGAAAUCCCACAUGAGAACUCAUACAGGAGAUAAACCAUAUACUUGCUCUGUAUGUCAAAGAAGUUUUUCUCAACAAAGUCAUCUCAAAAGACACUUGAGAACUCAUACAGGAGAGAAACCAUAUACUUGCUCUAUAUGUCAAAGAAGUUUUUCUGAUUCAAGUACUCUUGCAAAACACAUGAGAACUCAUAUGGGAGAGAAACCAUAUACUUGCUCUAUAUGUCAAAAAAGAUUUUUUGAAUCAAGUUAUCUCAGAAAACACAUGAGAACUCAUACUGGAGAGAAACCAUAUACUUGCUCUAUAUGUCAAAAAAGUUUUUCUGAUUCAGGUGAUCUCACAAAACACAUGAGAACUCAUACUGGAGAGAAACCAUAUACUUGUUCUGUAUGUCAAAAAAGUUUUUUUGAAUCAAGUUAUCUCACAAAACACAUGAGAACUCAUACUGGAGAGAAACCAUAUUCUUGCUCUAUCUGUCAAAGAGGUUUUUCUUGUCUAAGUCAUCUCAAAACACACAUGAGAACUCAUACAGGAGAGAAACCAUUCACUUGCUCUGUAUGUCAAAGAAGUUUUUCUCAUCAGUGUGCUCUCACAAAACACAUGAGAACUCAUACAGGAGAGAAACCAUAUACUUGCUCUACAUGUCAAAAAAGUUUUUCUAGUCAUUGGUAUCUCAAAGAACACAUGAGAAUUCAUACAGGAGAGAAACCAUAUACUUGCUCUACAUGUCAAAAAAGUUUUUCUCAAUUAACUAUUUUAAAAAAUCACAUGAAAACUCAUACAUGAGAGAAACCAUAUACUUGCUCUGUGUGUCAAAGAAGUUUUCUGAGCCAAAUCAUCUCCAAAGACAUGAGAAUGAAUUUACACUAGACAGAAACUGUAUACUUGAUCUCUGUCCAAGUAGUUUUUAUUACAUGCUUUUAUUUAAAUUGACUUCUGCGUCUGUCUGCCUGUCCCCAAAUCUUGUAACUCAAAUUUUUUACCUGUUCCCUUCAUUCAAUGAACUUGAAAUCUUGCAUGGUUAUUCAUUCCUAAUUCUCUUUUAUAGCUCGCUAUAAAACACAGUGGACUGACUGUAUGACUGUAUUUUGUUUUAGGCUAGCCAGUCAGACUAAAGUAAUGUAUUAUUCUGAUUAGAUUGAACCUCAUUUU